AUGGCGUGGCGGGAGCUUGGAAAGAAGAGAAUAUGUAUGAAUUUUACUAGAGCUUUGAUUGCAAAGCCAUUUAGGCAUGUGACAGGAUCAAGUUUUGCUUCCACCUUUGCUGCACAAUCUGUUUAUGCAUCAGCAAAAUGCAUGACGGAUAUCAUCAGCCAAUCAUCUCAGGGAGUGGCUGGUUUUGGCAGUGAGACUAAAGAAUGUGGAAUACGGUGCUUCCACUCUAGUUCGCAAGUCUGGGCACGAAGUGAUGGACCAUUAGGUCUGAAGACCCCAAAGAGGGGGAAAUAUGUGAAAAGGGUUGGUAGAAACCAGCCACCUGUUGAAGCUCCUUAUGUCUGUCCUAAUGUCACAGCUAAAAAAUAUAAUCCUGAUAAAACAAUAGAAAUAUUUGAAGGCAUGACUCUUGUUGAACUGGCAAAGCGCACUGGAAAAUCAGUAUCUUCUUUGCAGAAUAUCCUCUCUGAUUUUGGUGAAAAGGUUGAAUCAGAGUUUGAGCUUCUGACCGUGGAUAUUGCUGAACUUGCUGCAAUGGAGGCUGGCAUCAAUGUUAAGAGGCUACAUUCCACCGAAGGUGCUGAAAUUUUACCUCGAUCUGCAGUAGUAACAGUGAUGGGUCAUGUUGAUCACGGUAAAACAUCUCUUCUUGAUGCCUUGCGUCAAACAUCUGUGGCAGCCAGGGAGGCUGGUGGCAUAACUCAACAUCUAGGUGCUUUUGUGGUGGUCAUGCCAUCAGGAGCAUCAAUCACAUUUCUUGAUACUCCUGGUCAUGCAGCAUUUAGUGCAAUGCGGGCAAGAGGUGCAGCAGUUACAGAUAUAGUGGUGCUGGUUGUUGCUGCAGACGAUGGAGUCAUGCCUCAAACACUUGAAGCUAUGUCCCAUGCAAAAGCAGCUAAUGUACCAAUUGUAGUUGCAAUUAAUAAAUGUGAUAAACCAGGUGCAAAUCCUGAAAAAGUUAAACUGCAGCUUGCUUCAGAGGGCUUGCUGCUGGAGGAAAUGGGUGGAGAUGUUCAGGUUGUUGAAGUUUCAGCAACUGAAAAAAUUGGACUGGAUAACCUUGAGGAAGCCUUACUACUUCAAGCUGAUAUGAUGGAUCUAAAAGCGCGGGUUGAUGGGCCUGCCCAAGCAUAUGUGGUGGAAGCAAGACUUGACAAAGGACGGGGUCCAUUGGUAACUACUAUAGUAAAGGCAGGGACUCUAGUUUGUGGUCAGCAUGUGGUUGUAGGUUCACAAUGGGGAAGAAUAAGGGCUAUUAAAGAUAUGGCAGGGAGGUUAACUCAACAAGCAACACCUGCUAUGCCUGUUGAGAUAGAAGGGCUUCGAGGGCUGCCAAUGGCCGGUGAUGAUGUUAUUGUUGUUCAUUCUGAGGAGCGAGCUAGAAUGCUCAGUUCUGGUAGGCAAAGGAAAUGUGAGGAGAACAGGCUUAGGAAUAAGAUGAUACAGGACAAACCAUCUACUUCAGAUGAUUCCACGGAGGUUCCGCGGAGGGUUGAAAUGCCAGUAAUAGUAAAAGCAGAUGUUCAGGGAACUGUCCAAGCUGUCACUGAUGCAUUGAAAACUUUAAACAGUGCUCAGGUUUUGGUGAACGUUGUCCACGUUGGCGUUGGACCACUUUCUCAAUCUGAUGUAGACUUAGCACAAGCUUGCGGUGCUUGCAUAGUUGGAUUCAAUGUCAAAAGUCCUCCCACUGCCCUUAGUCAGGCAGCAAAUCGUGCCAGUAUCAAGAUAAUUCUGCACCGUGUAAUUUACCACCUCUUGGAGGACAUAGGCAAUUUGAUAAUAGAGAAGGCCCCUGGGACGUGUGAAACCCAGGUUGCUGGACAGGCAGAAGUGCUUGACAUCUUUGAAAUCAAAGGGAGCAAGUCCAAGGGUCCUGAUGUGAAGAUAGCUGGUUGUCGUGUUAUUGAUGGUUUUGUGACAAGAUCAGCGACCAUGAGGCUUCUGAGGAGUGGGGAAGUCGUGUUUGAAGGACAUUGUACAUCUCUUAAGCGGGAGAAGCAGGAUGUGGAUACUGUGAAAAAGGGAAAUGAGUGUGGGCUAGUAAUUAGCAACUGGUAUGAUUUCCAAAUUGGUGAUGUUAUUCAGUGCCUGGAACAAGUUGUGAAGAAGCCCAAGUUCAUCAAGUCAGAGAGUGGUGCUGUUCGAAUUGAGUGCUGA